UGGCGCUGCCAGGAAGCAUGAAAAUGAAAUAUCCGUGUUUAUUUUUGCUUCUCCUGGCUUUGUCCAGUGAUUUUGUGUCCUGCAAACGGUAUGGGAUGAAGUCCAACACCCUACACUUCCCUACAGAAUCAGACGAUGAGAAAUACGGGACGGGUACAAGAAUUAUCAGCCUGAAUUCCGAUGCGGAUUCAGUGCACUUGCGCAACAAGAGAGAUGCAGCUCCGCCCCCGAAACCGUCUUCUGGACCGGCUGACCAGCCGAACGAUCCAGAGGCCCACAGUGGGAAUAUAACGAGGUUCAACCUGACGGAUGGCCACCACCAGCUAAUGGUCCACUGGGUGGGGCAAGGCAGCUCCACUAUCAUCGCGUUGGCAAAGGAUCUUCACCAGACCAACACUUCCAACAGCUCCCUCUAUAUCUCCUAUGACUACGGCACGACAUUCAUUAGAAAGGAUGGUCAGUUCAGGGACUUGUUUUCCCUGACAUGUCUGUCGGGUCAGCAUCCAAAACCAAUGAUCAUUGAGAGAUUUUAUCAUAACAAGGAUGAUAUUAAUGCUUAUGUCUUUGCUGAUACUGUACACAAUGCCAUCUUGACAACACUGGACUCGGGCCGAAGUUUCUCGCGCCACUGCCUCACCUUCAAACCAGACCAGCUGAGCUUGAAUCCUGUAGACCACCGCGUCAUCCUCAGUUAUGAUAAGAACGACCCGAAUAAGAUUUUGCGCGUCAGUACGAAUUUUGGGUUGUCAUGGCGAAUCUUAGACCGGAAUGUCAAGUCAUUCUUCUGGGGAGUCCCUCCUUACGAUGACACCUAUGAUCUGUAUGUCGAACGAAUUGAACCGUACAGCGGCAACAAGGUCCUGAAGUAUAUGAAUGUGCAGCCAGUCUAUAUAUCCUGGGGAACCUACAGGUCGGUAACCAUCAUCGACCGCGUGCAGGACUUUGAGGUCCGCGACAAUUUUAUGUUUGCCACAAAGAAAGUUAAACUAUUUGGCUCUAAACUAAUAAACGGCACGCUUCAGUUUUGGGUGUCUCACAAUAGAGGGCAGUUUUUCAAUGCAGAAAUACCAGGUCAUAUUGAACGGCAGGAUUUCUACGUCGUUGAUGCCAGCGAGAAUCAGGUGAUGCUUUGCAUCAACCACAACCGCACUCUGACGAAUCUCUACGUCUCCGAGGUCCACGGGAGUAAGUUCAUCCUCUCCCUUGAGAGGGUGGUGUAUUUCAACCCUGAGGGUGUUAAUAAGGACACGUGGCUAAGAUGGUUCACCGAUGACUCAUUCGCUGACAUCCACAAGGUGGGAGGCUUAAGAGGGAUCUACAUUGCCUCCCAGCUUCUCAAUCAGAGCAACUUCUCACCGUACAGACAACGUACGCUCAUCUCAUUCAACAAGGGUGGGCGGUGGCAUCCUAUCCCGGCACCCGUGUACGACAACAAUGGUACUCCGACAAACUGUACUUAUCAUAACAACUGCUCCCUCCACCUGAGCCAGAAGCUGACCCAGUUCUACCCUGGUACCCACGCAGCACCGGUCCUCUCCCGCGAGUCUGCUCCAGGGAUCGUCAUCGGUACAGGAAUGUUAGGCCAGUCCAUGAACAAGACCAGAAUGGAGGACAUUUUCCUAUCGUCGGACGGUGGACUCACUUGGAAUCUUGUGCUUCAAGGACACUAUAUCUACGAGUUCGGCGACCAUGGAGGUCUAAUUGUGGCUGUGUUGAUGUUCAGGCUCACACGGGAGAUCAGAUAUUCUUGGAACGAGGGUGAAACAUGGAAUACAAAGGUCUUCUCCAAUGAAAGUGUGUACAUCUACGGACUUCUGACAGAGCCAGGGGAAGUGUCAACCAUCUUCUCAGUGUUCGGGUCGAAACCUGGCAUCCAUCAAUGGGUUAUCUUCCAAAUCAACUUGAGAAGUGUUUUCCCAUACAUUUGUAAGAAAAACGAUUACAAGAUGUGGUCCCCCAGUGAUGAAAUUCACCAGAAGACAUUCAUGCCUUGUCUAAUGGGAAGGAAAACCAUUAUCCAACGAAGAAUCCCGCACGCCAAGUGCUAUAACGGCCGCCAUUACGAGAGGAGUGUCACGGUGCAGAACUGCACAUGCCUGGGACCAGAUUUCGAAUGUGACUACGGGUUCAAACUGCGUGACGCCUAUUCCUGGCAGUGUAUAUCUGACCCGGACUCGGGUGUCGAUGUACACAAACCACCGAGGUAUUGCACCGACUUCUACUACAGAUCCCGCGGGUACCGUAAAAUUGCUGGCGAUACCUGCCAAGGAGGGGAUGAACAUCGUUUCAUGGCGGACAAACUGACCUGCCCAGAGGCCGAGGACCCAGAAUUCCUCCUCUACACACGGCGGACUUCCAUCCAUAGUUACAACCCCGUUGAAAACAUUGACAACACAAUACCAAUAUCUGGCUUGAGCAAUGUGGCAGCCAUUGAAUAUGACUUCAAAGGCGAUUGCUUAUACUAUGCUGAUAUCCACAAUGAUACUAUCAAUCGACUCUGCCUGAAUGCUAAUGCCACCAACGAGGGCGUCUCUCAAGUGAUCAUCGAGGGCCGCAUGCAAGCAGUCGAAGGCCUCGCGUUUGAUUGGAUGUCAAGGAACAUCUACUGGGUCGACGCUAUGCGGAAGACGAUCAGCGUUGCAAGGGCUGAUGGGACUUUCCGGCGUACUUUGAUCCAAAAUCCUGCUGGGAAUACAACGUGGCCGUUGGACAAGCCACGUGGAAUUGCAGUCGAUCCGAUGCAUGGUUAUCUCUUCUGGACGGACUGGUCAAGCACCUACCCCCGCAUCAUGAAAUCCUGGCUGGAUGGACAAUUCAUCCAACCCAUCGUCACCGGAAAGGAUAAAGUCUAUUGGCCGAAUGGCAUCACCAUCGACAUCCAAACAGAGAGGAUCUAUUGGGUGGAUGCAAUGAAGGACCGACUCGUUUCUGCAACGCUAAAUGGAACGGACAUGAAAGUUCUUGUGUCCGGUUAUAAUAUCCCUCAUCCAUAUGGUAUUACAAUCUUCAAGGACGAAGUCUUCUGGACUGACUGGUCAAAACAAGCCAUCCUUGCUGCCAACAAGUACACAGGCCAUGAAUUCCAUGUCGUCAAGUCUGCGUUGAGUGGCAUCAUGGACCUCAAGUACGUCCAUCACGCCAAACAAGGCGGCUCAAACAAGUGCACCAACUCCCAGCGUGGUUGUUCCCAUUUGUGUAUUGGGCGCCCCGAUGCUGGCGCGCAUGGGAAUUCCCGCACCUGUCUGUGUCCUGACUUCAUCGAGAAGAAGGUAGCAACUGGUGGUGGUAACGAACGCUGUCAAUGUCCAGUCGGUUCAAAAUUUCACACGGACGGCCAGUGCUACGACGAAGGGGCGGGAAACUUCACGACAUGCGAUGCGAGUCAGUAUCGAUGUCAGAAUGACCGCUGUGUGCCUUCGACGUGGAAGUGUGAUCACGAUAAUGAUUGUGGCGAUAACUCAGAUGAGAAAGAUUGUCCUUACCUGAAGUGCCAGAACGGUUACUUUGAAUGUACAAAUGGCCGCUGCAUCCUGGGGAGGUGGAAAUGCGACCAUGACGACGAUUGCCAUGACAACAGUGAUGAACGGAACUGCACAUACAGCAGCUGCAACAAUGACCAGUUCACGUGCAAUAACGGCCGCUGCAUCUCGGGUAAUUGGACGUGUGACGGAGACGACGACUGUCACGACGGAUCAGAUGAAGACGUCUCAAUGUGCCACAACAGAACAAUCCACGGAACCACCGCAAGUCCUCGGCCAUGUAGCAUCGCUGAAUUUCAGUGCCAUAAUCGACGCCAAUGUGUCCAGCGGCACUGGGUGUGUGAUGGCGCCGCUGACUGCAACGAUGGUUCAGAUGAGUGGGGCUGCGCAAGUACAACGAAAGCACCAGGGUCAUGCCACCCGUGGCAGUUUGCCUGCGAUGACGGACAUUGCAUACCAAGAUAUUGGAAGUGUGAUGGAAAGAGAGACUGUCAUUCUGGCAGUGAUGAAGCGAGCUGCUGGACGUCUCCUCAACCGGUCUCCACAACUCCUUCAAAGCCUUCUAACCAGUCAUGUCACUGGUGGCAGUUCAAUUGUCGGAACGGAAACUGUGUCUAUUGGACGCGGGAAUGCGAUGGCCAGGAUGAUUGUGGCGAUUAUUCUGACGAGUACGACUGUCACAGAAACGAGACGACGACGAAUCGUCCAGUAGUGACAUGUCGUCAAGGUCAGUACACCUGCGACAGUGGCCAGUGUAUCAACAACCACUAUAGAUGCAAUGGAUAUUAUGAUUGUCGAGAUGGCUCCGAUGAGAGAUACUGUCAGCAAAGCACUGUGGCACCUAUGUGCAACGCGACUCAGUUCCGCUGCAAUAACGGCCAUUGUAUCUACAGCUCGUGGAUUUGUGAUGGUGACCGGGAUUGCUCUCAUGGAGAAGACGAACUCAACUGCCAUAAUGGAACCCAGUGUGUCGGUCCAAACCAUUUCAAAUGUUUGUACAGCUCCGGCUGUUUGCCCUCCAGUUGGAUAUGUGAUGGAGAUCGUGAUUGCACUGACGGAUCAGACGAACUCGGCUGUGUAGUAGCAAAUGCUACCGUUGCUUCAACGACCGUGUCCACCCGAUGUUUACCCCAGCAGUUCAAGUGUUAUGAUGGCUACGGCUGUGUUGCCUCAUAUCGACGAUGCAAUGGAAUAGUGGAUUGUUUGGACGGGAGUGACGAAAAUGUAUUAGAGUGCGGUGGUGAGUUGGUUGUCGGUGGUCUUGGCAUGAUACACCGAGGGUCGGACAACAUCACUGUCGGCUGGUCACCUCCAAAACUGAACUCCACCCAGUCUGCAACCUUGACGUACAUACCAUUAAUUCGUGUUGACAAACGUAAUACUCCAAUCAACUGGGUGAACCAUACGGCAGUCUCUGGCACGACACUGACCUUUACCGGCCUUGCGCCGUACACCAAGUACAGGAUUACCGUUUACGUGAUGGCCAAGUUAGGAUCAACGCAGCACUCGUACAGACCUGCUCGUCCCAUUGAAGUGGUUACUCUCCAAGGAAAGCCUUCGCCUCCGUUGAACCUGGUAGCGAGUGUCGCAGACAUCAAUUCAGGAAAAGUCAAACUGACCUGGCUUUCGCCUAAACACCCCAACGGCAUCAUAGAUCACUACCUGGUGCGAUACCACAAUGUUUCGUCGACAGGGAAAGCUGGCCAUGCCCAGGAAGAAUACUUCAUGCCGACCAAUAAUGUGGCCUACAUCAGCCAUUUGACCUACGGACAGACGUGGGUGUUCACGAUUCAAGCCGAGUCUGUUGAAAUGAGCGACGCGUCGAAUGCCGCAAACGUCACGUUAGAGAGCAAGUCCCCUUUCAUGACUGUCACGGACCUGAAGGCGAACAUUCUCAAGGAAACCGAGGUGAAUCUCACCUGGUCAUUAGAUAAAGCCGUCGCGAUGAAGUACCACAUUGACAGUUAUGAGGCAGAGUGCUACGCGUCUGGUACCGACCAUUACCUCAAGUUAUCUGGCUAUAUGAAAUGGGCACACUUUACCGGGCUCAAUCCAAAGACGUAUUACCAGUGUAACGUAAAGGUCCAUAACAAAUAUGGUUUUGGCCCACGCAGCCCAGAGGUCGAUUUUCUUACACAUGGUCAGGCCAUCCCAGCUGUUGGGAAUCUAUCAUUGAGUCUGGUUGACCACAGAGCUGUCAAAGUGACCUGGACAGUGGCCCGCAAGGGAUCAUGGGUUUACACUGUAAUAUAUGAUUACCACGGUGAACACAUGAUUGGUGACGCCGGACAGAACUUAGCGCUGGCCAGCCAUGUCAACACAACAAAACAGUAUUACACCCUGAAGAAUCUCGUGGGAUGUGAAGUCUACAAUGUACGAGUCUUAGUGACUGGCCCUAAUGGCUGGGGACCUGCUAGCAAGGUCAAGAAUGUUGCCACUGACUAUGACAUGACACGUAAGCCCAAGAAAAUUCAGAUUCUGAACCUGAACGAUCCGUCGGCAAUAAAUGUGACCUGGUCUAUAUACUGCGAAAGAGAGGCAGGAGAUUUGGAUGAGCUGGGCUAUGAGAUCGCCAUCUCAGAAAAUGGCGAUAAACCGAGAUACGUGGACGUCAAGAAGUCAAGAAAUGUAACUUACGCGCGAUUGGUCAAGAAUCUGAUUCGUGGCGCCACCUAUACUAUCUCCGUGCGACCAGAUUUUCCCGGUGGCCAUUGGGGAGACUGGCAGGUGAAGACCGCUAAGCCUUAUCCUGGCCCACUCAACCUUUUCGAGAGCUCCAGUGGAAACCAGACCUUUUUCCUCAAUUGGGAGCUGAGCAAUGACCGGCCGAAGACAAUACCUGGUUAUGAAGUGUGGAUGUGUCACACUCACAAAGGGAAAUGCCAGCCAACUGAUUACCGAAUCGUGAAGACAACAAAGAAUCCGAAUGUGACGUUCUCGCUUCGCUGGCUGCAAGAAAAGUUUAACCUCGAGGCAUCUGAGGUGACCAAGAAUCAUCCAAAGUUCAGCGCCCACUUCAAAUUCAAAGUGCGUCUUAUGAAGGUCAACGGAUACUACAGCGACUUCUCCUCACAAGAGCCAUUUGAUCUUGGUAAUUCUUUCUCUGCAUAUCAAGAGCCAUCAACUCAAGGCCUCUCGAUGACCAACCUGAUCGCGAUCAUCGUCUCGAUGACUGUCAUCUGUCUCGUCCUGGCUGUCGCUCUAGGCGUCUACUUCAUCCGACACCGUCGCCUCCAGAGGAGUUUCCUGUCGUUCGCCAACAGCCACUACGACACGAGGUCUGGGAGGACACGAUUCUCGACUGGCGAUCAUGAAUUGGACGGGGAAGAAGACCAGCCAAUGAUCACCGGCUUCUCCGAUGAUGAGCCGUUAGUCAUUGCGUAAAGUCUACGCUGUCCACGAUUCCUGCCAUAAACGUGGCCGCCAGGAGGUGCCACUUGAAAGUGCUAAAGUUAUUGUGAUCAUCCUGUUGUGUGCUUUUUUAUGUGGGUUUAAUGUUAAAGGUGUAUUUCAUGUUAACUUGGACCAGAAUGUACACGGAAUGUUGUGCAUAAUACAGUGCAUUAUAUCCAAGCCAGCAUGAAAUCUAGCUCUGGUGUAGGAAUUCUGGUUUUAGUCUAUUGUGAUUUGGGUCGGUGGGAAGUUUACUGAGACCCUGCAACUCCCUGGUUUCAGGGGUUUAUGUUUUUUUGAAAAUUGCUAAGAUAUUCCAGCCAAUUGACUGGUGUGGUCAUUUGAAAUAUAUCAUCGACACAGUGGUGUAGGGGCCUACCAGGGUCUCUGCCUCUUCUAUUGUGAGAAUAUUUAGUAUUUUCAAACCACUCCAUGUAUCACACCUGAUAAAACAGGUCAUACAGGGGCAGCUUUGAGGAGUUGCAAGGAUUUUUUUCUCUUGUUUAUAAUAUAACAAAUGUUACAACUUUGUAAUUCUAUAACCGGUUAUCAUAUGACUGUGAGGAAUAGGGACAAAAACUGUCUGGGAAUUGAUAAGUGUUCAUCUACCUUAUUCAUACUGCCCCCCCCCUUAUUGAUUUGCAUGUGUUCAAAAUGAGCCUGGUGUCAUGCUUAGCAGAGGAGUAUCAGAGACAGCACCCACCCCUGACAAAUGUAAGUUACAAAGUUCCUUGAGUGUGUGCUGUGUGAUCUGUAGUACCCUCUGCCCCUUUUGUAAAUAUGGUUCAUUCCAAUGCUGGAACAUUCCAUUUAAACAGAAUACAUGGGUAAGACAGGCAGUGUUUGUCCCUUUGCAUUUUACCAAAAUUUGUAAAAAAUAUUGCGAUUGUUUGAGCGGAUAGUUCAGUCUUGUGUACUGGACAGUGAUUGCCAUGGGGAAGGAAGCGUCAUGGAUAUCUUUAUAGCAGUCGACCAUUACAGAAGGAGUUAAAAAACAUGGUUGGUCCAAAUUUUGUGCCAAAAUUGUCGAAAUUUUUUUAUAGAAGUCGUAGAGAUUCAUGUCCGUAAUAGGAUUUUCAUUCUGGUAGAGUGGGGUUGAGAAUUGGUAACUUUGUGAAGUUUUGGUUGGGAAAAAAUAGUGGACCCAUUGGAAUGCUUAUUUUGGAAGUUUCAGAUUGUGUGGUCACCUUUUUGCGAUUCUCACAUCAUCAUCUGAUCACAGCUGAGUUUUCAGCCUUGCUCUCAUCCAUUAUGAAAGCUUUACUCUUCCUGUUUAGUAUGGUGUAAGUGUUUCAACAGCUUCAAGUAACUUUUUUGCUUCAUCCCGAUCAGUGUUCAAUUCUGUAACUAGUAUCAUGUAAUUAUUGUUGUUAUCAUUCACGAAUUAACCCGAGGGACUGAGUGCAUUUUGACUUUGAAAAAAUAUUUCAAAGUCUGUGACUGGUAUUUUUUCACAGUCAAUGCGUCUGUGCAGUCGUCACGAAUUAGUGACCAACAUGAGCUACAGUCCAUCAGUGGUUAUGAUAUUAUUAAUUAUUUGUGUAGAUGUUUGACAUCUAAUUAUCAUUUGCUUCAGAACUCAUCACUAGUUGUCGAAUUUAUAUUCUAGUGACUGCUCUUAUUGCACCGUCAUGCUAACCUGUCUGAGUAUAUUCGAGACAUUUUUCAUUUCCAUGUAUCACCAGUUGAGAAUCAGCUUUCAAACUUUGCAAGAAUCUUGUGUACAUUGUAUUUAUUCAUCACGAAUGUGACGUCAAUGACAUUUGGAGGACUUCCAUCUUUCCACGUUUUGAAAAGAGUUUGACGGCAAAAAUGGAAAGAUGCUCAGCUGUGUUUUGCAUUUUCGAAAUUGUACCAAAAAUAACAAUUUCAGAGGCAUUUUUUUCAACUUAAAUUUUUUCAACUUUUUCCAGUGUACGUAGUCCAAGGCAGGACAGCUGAAUAAGUCCUGGCACCUGCCAGAUUCUUGGCAACUUUGGAAAUUGAUUCUCUUGUGUUAUCGAUAUAUACACAAGAUCCCUUAACGACUUGUUAGGUAGGGUUUUCUGAACUGAGGUCAGCCAUAUUUCAAAUGAAACAUUUAUCACUUUUUGGGCAAUUUGAAAUCAAUAACAAUAAUUCAACCGUUCUCACCCACCUGCCUUUGAGUCUCUCCUCAAAACGAUGUAGACACCAUCAUAAUGUUUCUGGUUGCUUUUUUUUUUGGAAAUGUUUUUCAGUUUUUUUUGCUCUGAGCGCUGUCCCAUCCCUGAUGGAGGAAAUUAAGUGUCUGCAAUUGUACCUGUGAGGCUGUUUGUCCGAUCUCAGUUCAGAUAUCGUAUUGUAAAUAGUGUAGAUAAGGUCUAAUGCUUUUCCCGGAUGAGUGCUGCUUGUAUUUUUCCAAUUUUUAAAAGUAUUUGAAACAGGUUUUUUGUCAUUUACCCUUAUAUUGAUGUUGUUGUAUCUUGGCUCCCCUCAUUCUUUAUAACUGUAAGGACGUCAUUCAUAAAAUAUUUUCCUAUUGACGUAAAAUUAAGCACCGUCAGCUCGAGUGGAGGUGUAUAUAACUGCUGGCCUUACAGAUUUUCGCAAAUUCUUAUGGACUUGUUGUGGAGUUGUCGUCCAUCUUGUUUAAACCCAAAAGACAUUGAUCACAGUCUACUGAUGUGGCUAAAGACAGUUUAAUUUAACGAUAUUGAAAAUUAUGAGAUUUUCUUUUGAAGAGGGUUUAAAAUACCAUACUGUGUUCUUUUAUUGACUUCUCCAGUUAAUACUUUAUUUUUCAUUUCAACAAUUUAAUUGUCUCUUUGAAUCUCAGUUCCUUUGUGUAUGAUUCAGCUUUUCACUUGCUACAGCUGUAGUCAAAUCUUUUAAAGGGACAACUUUGGCAUGAGAUAUGUUGGUUUCUCAUACAAAAAUGGCUUCCAGGAGAACCGUGAUUUCUCCAUACUGGAUAAUUGAAAUGUCAUUCAACUGAAAUGAAGAAUGCACCAGAAUGGGAUGACAGACAGCCUGCCUCGCCACACUGCAGAAAUCAUUACUAGAGAUGAAGCAUUGUGUAACACUACACAUAGCGGCGCAUGGUGGCCAGUAGGGGUAUUAUCCUCCGGGCCAGGUAAAUCCCACGCCCAAGCUCUCCCUUUAAGGUGAAAUUGAAUCGAAAUUUCUUCAUUGCAUUGUUUAUUGAUGUAGACCUGUAUUAAUGUGCUGUAUUUAUGGGUUUUCCAAAAAUCUUUCAGCUGAGGGCCAGAAUUAGGCCCCAUAUGUCGUCUAUCUUUCCACUAGUUGGGCAUACUGUUAAUUUGUAACACAUUCCUUCCAGUUAUCUGUUCAUUGUCUGUCCACAGCUGUAUGGGGUAAAUACACACUGUAUAUAAUAUUUUAAGAGCA